AUGGCCAAAAAAUCCAAAUCUGGCAAGAAAAGCGAGCCUCGGAAGGAAUCCAAGAAGAGAUCGCACCAAGAUGACGCUCUGGACGUCGAGGUGUCCGACUCGGAAAAGUUGGUUGAAGAACUAGAUGAAGAUUUCGAUGAGGUAGCUCAACUUCUUGGAGAAGACAUCAAGGACCCAGAAGCUAAGUCUGCCAAGCAGGAAAAGAAGCAGAAAAAGCAUGCCGAUGAGGAAGAAACACAAAACAAGGCUCUUAAGCCCCAGGCCCAGGCCCUAGCUGAAAGUGCCGAUGAUGACGAUGACAACUAUGAUUUCCAAAAGGCUGGAUUCUCCGAGCCAACCAUGAAGGCUAUCAAUCAGAUGGGCUUCACUAAGAUGACCAAAGUCCAGGCCAAGACUAUUCCACCAUUGUUGGCAGGAAGAGACGUUUUGGGAGCAGCUAAGACGGGAUCUGGUAAGACGUUAGCAUUUUUAAUUCCAGCCAUUGAGCUCUUAUACUCGUUGAAGUUCAAGCCCAGAAACGGUACCGGUGUGGUUAUUAUCUCGCCCACAAGAGAGUUGGCCCUUCAAAUCUUUGGAGUAGCCCGUGAGUUGAUGGAGCAUCACACUCAGACAUUCGGUAUUGUCAUUGGAGGUGCCAACAGAAGACAGGAAGCCGACAAGUUGGCUAAGGGUGUCAAUCUCUUGAUUGCCACUCCCGGACGUUUGUUGGAUCACUUGCAAAAUACACAGGGCUUUGUUUUCAAGAAUUUGAAGGCACUUGUCAUUGACGAGGCUGACAGAAUCUUGGAGAUUGGAUUCGAGGAGGAGAUGAAGCAGAUCAUCAAGAUCUUGCCCAACGAAGAUAGACAAUCCAUGUUGUUCUCGGCUACUCAGACCACUAAGGUGGAGGAUUUGGCCAGAAUGUCCUUGAGACCCGGACCUUUGUAUAUUAACGUCGUUCCUGAGUCCGCUGCUUCCACUGCUGACGGUUUAGAACAGGGAUACGUUGUAUGCGAGAGUGACAAGCGUUUCUUGCUUUUGUUCUCGUUCUUGAAGAGAAACGCAAAGAAGAAGAUCAUUGUGUUCCUUUCCUCGUGUAACUGUGUCAAGUAUUUUGGAGAGUUGUUGAACUAUAUCGAUUUGCCAGUUUUGGACUUGCAUGGAAAGCAAAAGCAGGCCAAACGUACCAACACGUUCUUUGAGUUCUGUAACGCCAAGCAAGGAAUCUUGAUCUGUACUGAUGUGGCUGCCAGAGGCUUGGAUAUUCCUGCCGUGGACUGGAUUGUCCAGUUCGAUCCUCCUGAUGAUCCAAGAGACUACAUUCACAGAGUCGGAAGAACUGCCAGAGGUACUCAAGGUAAGGGUAAGUCAUUGAUGUUCUUGACACCCUCUGAGUUGGGAUUCUUGAGAUACUUGAAGGCAGCCAAUGUUCCGCUUAACGAGUACGAAUUCCCAACCAACAAGAUCGCUAAUGUCCAAAGCCAGUUGUCCAAGUUGAUCAAGAGCAACUUCUGGUUGCACCAGUCGGCCAAAGACGGAUACAGAUCGUACUUGCAAGCAUACGCAUCACACCACUUGAAGACGGUGUACCAGAUUGACAAGUUGGAUUUGGUCAAGGUGGCCAAGUCGUUCGGAUUUGACGUUCCUCCUAAGGUGAAUAUCACCAUUGGAGCCAGUGGAAAGUCCAUUGAGAAGAAGCACAAGAAGCAGAGAAGAGGUUAG